AUGGCAAAUUUUUGGAGAGGGAGUUCAGUUGUGGAGGAGCCGACAGGUUGGCGAUUCGAUCCAACCGAGGUAGAGCUGAUCCAGUUCUAUCUCUCAAAAAUAGUGGACCGUGAACCUCUCCCGGCUAGAGUCAUGGAGGAGAUUGAUGCUCAUCACUUCUACGAGAACCAUCCUAGGAAUCUUGUUCAUGGCACGGUGCCCCUAUUUGGGGAAUACUUUUUAAUCCUUGGAGAUGAAUAUUUCCAUGGAAGAAUCGACAACACGAAACUUGUCGGAGAAGGAAAUGUUGGAUCAUGGAGAACUCUAGGAAGAGAAGAGGAAAUCUUGGACGAGAACAGAAACGUUAUCGCCUUCAAGAUCCGUUCUACCUUUUUCUCUCCCAGAUCGGAAGGAACAAAUUGGAGAAUGGAGCUCUACCGUUUGCCUCUGCCAAACAAUCAUGAGGAUUCAAGUAGAGAAGAGUGGGUGGUCGCAAGGAUCAGAAGAGCCCAGCAAUUUUAAACCAUAGUUUAGUGUUUGACAAAAAU